AGGACAAGAUGACUAUGGUAAAUAGUUAUCCGGAGCGGAUGAACCUAUCAUUUUCGGGAUGUGGAUUUCUUUGUAUCUACCAUGCAGGAGUCGCUGCUGCUAUAAAGGAAUACGCACCAAAUCUCAUCCAAAGCAAGAUCUCCGGAGCAUCAGCUGGAGCUAUCAUAGCCGCUACAUUAGUUACAGAUGUUUGCGUUUCACAAGUAACUAGCACGAUCUUAAGGAUUGUCUCACAGGCACGCUCACGCGCCUUGGGUCCUCUGCAUCCUGAAUUUGAUCUUCUUGCUCUAACUCGGACGGAAAUUGAGCGUUAUCUGCCUCCAGAUGCGUAUAAAAGGUGCACUGAUCGCCUGCAGAUUUCUCUCACUCGAUGGAGAGAUAGUAAAAAUGUGGUCGUCACACAGUACGAUUCUAACAAGGAGUUAGUUGAUGCGAUUAUCUGCAGCUGCUACAUUCCCAUUUAUUGCGGUAUCAACCCACCAACAUAUCGGGGCGAAGCCUAUAUUGAUGGUGGUUUCACUGAUAAUCAGCCAGUUUACGAUGAUCACACAGUGACAGUAAGCCCGUUUUGUGGCGAAUCGGAUAUCUGUCCUCCUGACUGGGAUAGCGCAAGCUUCUUCGGAUUCAGCUUCUCGAAUACAUCCAUUAGAUUCACCACGCGCAAUCUUUUCCGAAUGACAGCUUGUUUGAUGCCUCCAUCGACUGAAGACUGCUCCAAAAUGUGCCUUCAAGGCUUUGAAGAUGCUCUUCGAUUUUUGUCGAAAAAUGCUAUGGCUCCGUGUAUCCGCUGUCUAACCGUUCAGGUUGAUCUCGAUCAGAAGAGGGAAUGUACUCCUGAAGGGAUUGCACAGCCGUUUUCUCCAGUCAGAUUACCCAAAAGGAGCGCUUCUACGGCUAAAAGACGAUUGGAGUCAGAAUGCGAUACUUGCUGUGAAAGUGAACACAUGUAUAACACUUCAGUGGUCGACGUAUUCCCUGCCAUUAUAACUAGAACAUUUGAUGAAGCUUUUGCUGCGGAGGAUUCCUUCUUCCAAUACCUAUUGUCGUUCCGAAUGUUCCGCUAUGCGCGUACGGCCCUUGGUCUAGGAACAUUGCCAAUCGACAUGUUGAUCAUGUUGGCCAGAAACGUGUCGGUCUGGAUGUCAUCUGUUGUUGCACCGGAAUGGCUGAGACUCAAGAUAAAUGCGAUUGUUGACUUUGUGUUAAUGGAGAUAGAACGCCAGAAAUCACGAUAUAGCCAGUUCGCCUGCCUGCUACCGGUCUCUGAGAUAGGCUAUCGAACUGUGGUAUCCAGACGCGAACCAGAGAUUGAACUCAGCGAAGAUGCACGUAAAGAACUAGCUUUCAUCAAGGCAAGUGACAAGAAGAAGAAGGCUAAGGUGAAGGUGCGAGUGGAAGCUCCUACCGCUAGCACAUUGCAAGACUGGGCCGAAUAUGAUGAUACUAACAACGAAGACUCAUUUCAACAUGUCAUUGAAUACAGCAAGAACCACGAUUCCAUGUAUCAGUUCCAUUAUCUUGAUGAAAACAAUAGAUUGCGCAAAUUCGAGCUCUUUAAUGUUGCUGAUCCUAAUAAACGACAUGAAUGUCAUGCAUCCCUCAGGGAGUUGUCACCUUCACACCCUGUGUCGGACUUGAUUGAAGAAAAGGAUGAGCUGAUGGAGGAGUAUGCCGAGAGCGCAAGCAAAGCUGAAGAAGGAGAUUCGGGCCUUUCUGGAGUUGAAGGACAAACGGAUACUGGUCGUCGCGACGCAUGUUGCUCUCCUGUGCGUCAUUUUCCAUCUUCCGCACGGAUGAGCGGUCGUAAUAAGCCCUCUAGCCGUCGUUACACUCCUUCUGGAGGAAGCAGUCAGCCAUCAACAAGCCGGAAACAGCACUCUCGUAGUGGUAGCGCAGUUUCAUGCUCUGCAGCGAGUGGCAGUGGUGUGCGAUCAGCCUCGUCUGGAUCUGAAGGUGACGGCGAGCUAUUUGUACCAGCAAGACGCCAACGAACGUCAAGUAUUGAAUAUGAUGGCGAGCCAGAACAAAGCGAUGCUGACGUCCUUGCGUAAUUCAGCUUCUCUACUAGAUGCACUAUUUUUGUCGCAGGCAUGGCGUUCAGCUUCAUCUUUCUUGUUAGGGUAAUCUAUCAAUUGGAACGAACUUCAAAAGCAAAUUUCUAGUCGCAGUUCAAAUUUGUCCCUUUUGCUAACAAUCGGUAUUAGUCAUGCCUACUCACCUGUUUAGUGCGUGAAGUGUGUUCACAUGCCAAUCAAAACAUUAUGCUAUCGCGCCACAUAUGUACAUUUUGUAUAGUAUGUAAUCUUUUCCAGCUUCAUAUCUUUUCAUCUGAUCAUUUUUUGCUAUUCUAUUACCAGUCUAUGUACUCUUAUAACUGUGUCUUGGCUCUUUCUUUUGAGCCUACUGUCUUCUAAACUAAUAAGAGCGUUACAAGUCAGCACAUCUGGGAAACAACCCGACGGGUUAUACUAUCUGAUUUAUUUUGUAUUUUGUAUUUUUUGGCUCUUGCUUUUUUCUUAAUCUAUGUACUAAGCCAUGAAAGUAGCAAUAAACACUUACUUUUGUUAUUCGUUUCGAGCAAGG